AUGUCUUGUUCUGAGUUUCAGGGUAAUGUCAGUGCUGAAAAACUUGAAGAGUUCAAAGAAGCUUUCCUGUUGUUUGCCAGGACUCCCUCAGGGGAGAUGAAGAUAUCACUAGCUCAGUGUGGGGAUGUGAUGAGAGCUUUGGGCCAGAACCCAACUAAUGCUGAAGUCUUGAAUGUUCUAGGGAAACCAAAGCCUGAAGAGAUGGAAUCCAAACUGAUCGACUUUGAGACUUUCCUGCCUAUGUUUCAACAAGUUUCAAAGUCUACUGAAAGGGGCACAUUUGAAGAUUUUGUGGAGGGCCUUCGGGUCUUUGACAAAGAAGGCAAUGGAACAGUGAUGGGGGCUGAACUCCGCCAUGUGCUUGCUACUUUGGGUGAGAGAUUGUCUGAGGGUGAAGUGGAUCAGUUGCUGGCAGGGCAAGAGGACACAAAUGGUUGUAUCAACUAUGAGGCUUUUAUAAAACAUGUCAUGACUGACUGA